ACUGCAUCUAUCUCCAAUCAUCAAUAUUGAAUAUGCCAUGUUACUCUCCCUCCUCUUAUAGUCUUUCCCUCAUUCUCCUUUUUCAAUUCAAAAACAUGGUAGGGUCACUCACAAUGCAGGUGUUGCUGCUCUCUCAACUCAAAGGCCAACACUUUCAAUUCUCUAGAUAUUUGGAUAUUUCACGUUUGUGGGGUCCUUACUACUACCCCAUAUUACCCUUUAGCUAGUUUGCUAUCACUUUUUUUAAAAGAAAGAACGAAAAUUGAUGGUGGCCUCGUGGUUUCAUGGUGGCCUUGUGUUCCUAUUCAAUCUAUCGUCCUUCAAACUUGUUUUUUAAUAUAUAUUUUUUCUUUCUCUAAGUGUUGUUUUCUGUUCUGUGAUGAGCCUUUAUUUGUUGUCCUUGUUUACCUCUUAACUUUCAUUUGGGUUCUUAAGAAUUUUUUUUAAGUAAAUUCAUUCUUGGGUUUGUUGUUUGACUAUCUUUGGUUUUCAGCUAAAAAGUUGUUCAAUUUUUGAGAACUUGAUCGGGAACUUGUGAAUUUUUGUUUUUUCCUCUCAUUUCUCAUGUUUUCCUCCCUUUUGCUAAUAAUGUACAAUCAGAAAAACUGUUUCUAUGAAGCUGGUUGAUCUUUUUGUGUGUUACACCAUGAAUAGCUCUAGAAUUAAAUGAUUUAUUUUGACAGGGUUGGGUUUUCCACCUUUUUUUGGCUAAAUUGUGCCAUCAGAACUUGUUUCUGUCGUGAGGAUUUGGGUUUGUGAUACUCCGGAAGUGGUUUUUUCUACUGAAAAACACAUGUUCAACUGGCAAUUUUCUAUGAAAGAAAUGAGAAUAAUGUUAGGUAAAUUUGGCAGAGAUAUGAACCUUUUGUGAGUGGAUAGUGUAUAGAGAAGGAGGACUAGGAUGAGGGGAGGAAUUGAUGAGGGAAAAGAGUUAAGCCCAAUGUUUCCUAGGUUGCAUGUGAAAGAUGCAGAUAAAGGAGGGCCAAAAGCACCCCCAAGGAAUAAGAUGGCACUCUAUGAACAACUUAGCAUCCCUUCUAGAAGUUUUGCCUCAGGAUCAGCAUCCUUGUUUCCUCUCCCACUCAGAAACUGCACAGUUCCUACUUCAUCUAGCCACGUCGAUAGCAGUCAAAGGAUCCAAUUAUUCACCUUCAAUGCAUCUUCUAUUCGGGAUGAGAAGAUUCAAGCCUAUAAUUCCAGAAAGAUUAACUCAACCAAAUUGACACAAGAUGAUUCCAUUAAUAGUAAGAAUUCUCCAAAAACACUUGAUGUUGAGGAUGCUUUCUUAACUUCUGGUUCUGCCCUUGAGAAAAAUUCUCGCUGUAGCAUCAUCCAAAAAGAUAAAGAUGAAGACAAACUUGCUCACAGUAAUUUGAGAUGUUCAGAUAGAAGUCUAAGUUCAAUAAAUAAAGCGAAUUCAUUAACUGCCAUAGAACUGAAGGCAGCAAAAUAUAGGAAGAAUCAGCUGCAAGGUGAGCACACAAAAGUGAAGGAAGGGCAUCCUCACCCAUUAGAUGGUUUGGAUGAUAUGACAGAUGCAUCAUUAAUCUCAUUGGUCAAAGGUAAAAUUUCUAAAUCAAUUAAUAAAGAGCAUAGAUCUUUGAAAGAAGAAAUUAGAAGUAUUUCAAUAGAUAGCUUGAAAACACUGCAAGGUAGCAGAGUCCAUACACAUGAAGAGCAUGCAACUUUUGGUAACAAAAUCAAUUUAAGGGACCAUCACAUUGAGAAGCCAGCAGUGAGUGAUGUCCACAAAAGUUCUUGUGAGUUAGAAAUUGGUAGAAGGUUCUGCUUCCAGGGUAAGGAAGAUGAGAAUGAAGAAGAGUGCACGUUGGGUAUGGAUAUUUCCCCAGACAAUGUAGUAGGAGUUAUAGGUGAAAAGCAAUUUUGGAAAGCUAGAAGGAUUAUCAUCAAUCAACAGAGACUCUUCAUCAUUCAAGUGUUUGAGUUGCAUAGACUGAUAACGGUGCAACGACUAAUUGCAGGGUCACCCCAUAUACUACUUGAAGGUAACGUUACACCUAACAAGCCACCACCAAAAACAUCCACACCAAAGAAAUUACAAUCUGAAUUUGUGAGCGAACAACCAUUCUCAGUUGUCAAACUAGACAACAAGUCUAAGAAGGCCUCCACUAUUGAGCAUGCUAAGAACAAUGCAAUUGGGAAGAUUCCCAUUCCUUUUGUCAACAAUGUAAGCAAAGGCCAUGAACAUCAGCUAUCAAAUUAUGGUCAUCAUUUUGGAAACUUUGCAAUAGCCUCUCCAAAUAUAAAUUCCACACAGUCUCCAAGCUAUGUCUAUCCACCACCAGGAAACCAAUGGUUAGUUCCUGUCAUGUCCCCAUCUGAAGGUCUUGUAUACAAGCCAAUCAUAGGGCCAUGCCCUCCAAAUGCAGGUUUCAUGGCUCCUAUAUAUGGUACAAUGAGCUUCAAUCCAGGAAGCAAGGAUGUUUCAGAUGCUCCAAGUUCUCACCAAAACUUUGGAAUCCUUUCUAGUCCAUCUUUACCUCAAUUCCUGCCACCACAAUUCAUGCAUCCAUCUUCUGUAUCAACUUCCGUUGUUGAGCAUAUAGGGCAGUCUAAUGGUCCUGAAAAUCACCACUCAUGUGGAGAGGUUAGUUCUGCCAUAUUGUACCAAAGGCAAGGCUCAUCUAACAUGUCUAGUCAAACUAGUCAAGUCAUGUCAAGAAACAUUUCAACUCAUCAGUCAUUGAAAGAUAAAGAAUUGCAAAGAAGCACAGCUAGUAGUCCAUCCAAAAGGGUGAAAGGAAAUGUGCUUCCUUUGUUUCCGUUGGCACCAACAUUUUGGCCAUCAGGAGAUAGUAAAACACAGGUUGAACAGCAGCCAAAAGUGAUCAAAGCUAUGCCUCAUAAUCCAAAAUCAACAUCAGAAUCAGCUGCACGGAUUUUCAGGUCAAUACAAGAAGAAAGGAAACAUUUGUAACUAGUGACUCACUAGUCUAUCUCAUGACAUUUCCAUUGAUUUGAAAUAUUCUAAUUUGACAAUAUACCUACCCUUACUCUCUAACAUUGUAUCUAUAACCAUUUUUGUCUGAUAAAUAUACCCCACAAAAUUGGUAAUAAUUUCUUAAGACUUUCAAGGAAGAAAGCACAUGGGUGAAGCUAAAGCAGGAUUGUAAUAAAUUCAUG